AGCGGAAAGCAGCAGUGCAGCGGCGGCGGCGGCGGGGCUCUGCCUGUACCGGAGCCCAGCGCAGGCCGCAGAGCCGGGGCCGCCGAGAGCCGACACCGCGGGCCGCCGAGCCCGCACGGCCGGCGCGGAGAAUCUGUACCCAGCUGCUGGAGGUGUUUCAGAGGGACUUAAUGACUGGAGCCAAGAGCACUUGUUCUGGGAAGAAUUUGUUCCUGUUGAAGAGUGGCUCCUUGAUUCCCAGACCCUUUGAGGUUUUAGGAGUCUGUAGGUGAAAUUCUCUACCUCUAAGGAGAAACGGUCCCUGCUCCUUCAUCAAGAGCAAGCUCUCCAUUGCUAUGGAUACCGAAUCCACAUAUUCUGGAUAUUCUUACUAUUCAAGUCAUUCGAAAAAAUCGCACAGACAAGGAGAAAGAAAUAGAGAGAGACACAAAUCCUCCCGGAAUAAAGAUGGCAGAGGGUCAGAAAAAUCUGUCACCAUUCAGGCUCCCACUGGAGAGCCCCUGUUGUCAAAUGAUUCUACUCGGACGGAGGAAGUUCAGGAUGACAACUGGGGAGAGACCACCACGGCCAUCACAGGCACCUCAGAGCACAGUAUAUCCCAGGAGGACAUUGCCAGGAUCAGCAAGGACAUGGAGGACAGCGUGGGACUGGACUGCAAGCGCUACCUGGGCCUCACCAUCGCCUCGGUUCUUGGACUUCUAGUUUUCCUCACCCCCAUUGCUUUCAUCCUGUUACCCCCCAUCCUGUGGAGGGAUGAGCUGGAGCCUUGUGGCACGAUUUGUGAGGGACUCUUUAUUUCUGUGGCAUUCAAACUCCUCAUUCUGCUCAUCGGGACCUGGGCACUUUUUUUCCGCAAGCAAAGGGCUGAUGUGCCGCGAGUAUUUGUGUUCCGUGCCCUUUUGUUGGUCCUCAUCUUUCUUUUUGUGGUUUCCUAUUGGCUUUUUUAUGGGGUCCGCAUUUUGGACUCUCGGGACCGAAAUUACCAGGGCAUUGUGCAAUACGCAGUCUCCCUCGUGGACGCCCUCCUCUUCAUCCAUUACCUGGCCAUCGUCCUGCUGGAGCUCAGGCAGCUGCAGCCCAUGUUCACACUGCAGGUGGUCCGCUCCACCGACGGCGAGUCCCGUUUCUACAGCUUGGGACACCUGAGGACUGAGGAAAGGCCAUGUGUGGAUAUAGUGAGAAGGCGGCCCUCUGCAAGCCAGGAAGAGAGCCCUCACCAGAAACCGAAUCGGCCAAACCUUGAUCUUGGACUUCUAGUCUCCAGAACGAUAAGAAAUAUCCAGCGAGCGGCAUUGGUGGUUCUGGAAAAUUACUAUAAAGAUUUCACCAUCUAUAACCCCAACCUCCUAACAGCCUCCAAGUUCCGAGCAGCCAAGCACAUGGCGGGGCUGAAAGUGUACAACGUAGAUGGCCCCAGUAGCAACGCCACUGGUCAGUCCCGGGCGAUGAUCGCCGCGGCCGCUCGCCGCAGGGACUCCAGCCACAACGAGUUGUAUUAUGAAGAGGCGGAACAUGAACGGCGGGUGAAGAAGCGGAGAGCAAGGCUGGUGGUUGCAGUGGAGGAGGCCUUCAUCCACAUCCAGCGUCUCCAGGCCGAGGAGCAACAGAAAGCCCCGGGAGAGGUGAUGGACCCCAGGGAGGCCGCCCAGGCCAUCUUCCCCUCCAUGGCCCGGGCCCUGCAGAAGUACCUGCGCACCACUCGGCAGCAGCACUACCACAGCAUGGAGAGCAUCCUGCAGCACCUGGCCUUCUGCAUCACCAAUAGCAUGACCCCAAAGGCCUUCCUGGAACGGUACCUCAGCGCUGGGCCCACCCUGCAGUAUGACAAGGAGCGCUGGCUCUCGACGCAGUGGAGACUCGUCAGUGAUGAGGCUGUGACUAACGGAUUACGGGAUGGAAUCGUGUUCGUCCUUAAGUGCUUGGACUUCAGCCUCGUGGUCAAUGUGAAGAAAAUUCCAUUCAUCGUACUCUCUGAAGAGUUCAUAGACCCCAAAUCUCACAAAUUUGUGCUUCGCUUACAGUCUGAGACAUCGGUUUAAAAGUUCUAUAUUUGUGGCUUUAUUAAAGAAAAAAAAAGAAUAUAUAAAGAGAAAUAUAUGUAUACCAGAGGGGCAUCGUUUUUUAUUAUUCUUCUUUGCUGACUGACACUGGCAGAUGAUAGACCAGUACCCUUUGACCAUCUGCACUUUAUUUGGAAGGAAGUGGGGGAUGUCUGCUCUGGGAAGAAGUGACCCACGACGUCUGACUCUUGUGGAUGGGACUUCUCGAGAAGCCGUUCCCUGGCGUUUCUGUGACAGCUGUAAACCAAAGCAGAGCUGGCGGUCCUUGGGAGCCUCGCCUUACAACAACUAGUCCCUGCCUUUCGUCCAGCACCACGCGCUCCCAUUGCUUCUGGUUGACCCACUCUUAAUCUUCUAGGGGACACAUCUUUCUUCUGUUUCAGGAAACUAGACACGACGUGUCCACAUGUGGGUUUGUGUAUGUAAGUGUCCAGUACCACAUCGCCCGUGGGGGCCGCGGGCCAUUCGGGAAAUGCCUGCCUUCAUCUUUGUUCUUUGUUGCCUUAGGUUCUGCAGAGAAAGAUCACAACAAAAAAUGUGCACUAUCAGUUUACAGCUCUUAAUGAUUUUAUUUUCUUCCCAAAGAGAAAAAUCCACCUGCCCUGUUUCUGACCCUGCUUCCCUCCUGGCUUGAGCAGGUAGCCCUUUCCUAACCCUGUGAUUGCCCACCCCUCUCCCCCCAUCCCGCCCUCUCCAGCACGUGCCACACCCCCACCUGGCUGGCAGGCUGGCCAGGGAAGCCCAGCCAUCAGAGCUGCCUGGGACCCAGCUCUGCACAUGUGCCCUCGGGCUCUGUGCACGGCCUCCGCUGGGUCCCGAGAUUGUUUGCAUAGGGAACUGUGGAAUGCCCACGGGGUAGAACACAGGGAGAGUAAGCCACUAGAAUGUCCCUUCUGGGCCGCACAGGGGCCCCUCUCCUCCCAGUUGUCAUCCUCACUGCUCACACAGAGCAGGAGCGAGACUUACACUGUGACUGAGACUGGCGGGUUCAGCGUGGAGCCUCUGAUUUCCCAGGGAGAUCAGUUCUCGCAGAGCUUCGUAGCAAGCUGCCCUGCCGAGGGAGACCCAAACAAUACAGACCCGCUGCUGCAGCCGCCCACUCCCUGAUGUCUCACCACCGUCACUGUGCAACUCACCUCCACCACUUGCUCCCAGAUGGGGGCUUGUUCGGCCCCUGGUGGUGCAGUUACUUUAGUUGUUGGUAAAGUGGGAAGAAGGAAUGGACAAGCUGCAGAGCUUGGGGAAAGGAAAGUGGGGAGCCAGUCUUAUGGUGCAGAGCACUCAUCCGUGAUCUGUUCCUUACUGCAGCUGGUUCUAGUGGGCUUUCCCCUGGCCUGGGGCAGCCCACGUGGCCGGGCUGUGGGUGGAGGAGCCAUCCUGGCGGAGCCGGGCUCUGGGGAGCUCCUUAUGGAGCCACAUCCAGACACCAGGCGGGCCAUCUGUGCCUCUGUUUGCCAUCCUGUAUCCGCGACAGACCCUUCCAAAGUAUUCACUCUUACUUUUCCCAGGUAUUUAGAGUAAUCAGUUACCUUGCUUUAGGAAAGAAUGACACUGUCCAAAUGCUCUGCACCUGUGUGUUCACAUGUUCCCUUACUGAUUUAUGCAUUCCUCAAGUGGUACAGAUUUGUCUAUCAUUUUUUAUAAUCAAAAUUGGCUUUGGAUGUUUGUAAUACACCUGUACCUGCAAAAGUAAACAGCAUUCUUGAAUCAACAGGCUUCAGCUCAAAAGGAAGAUGUGUUGGAAAAGAAGAAGGAGAAACAAGUCAGUUUGGCAUGGAGCCAAGAUGUUCUAUUUAGCUACAUGGUUCUGUUUAUGAAAAACACAUGCCAUGUAACCAUGGUGCUUUUGUUUUCUGUAGUUUUUGCCUUUAGGUCCCUUCAAACUGGACAUUCCUUACGAUGAUAUCUUUCUCAGGAAAUAUAUUUUGGGAGAUGGGGCAAGGGAUGGUGGAUGUGUAUGAGACUUUGGCUGCAUAAAUGUUAUAGUGUCCCAGAUAAAUGUGUCAGAGACUGCUGCUUCAGGAACACAGCAGUUGGAAGUGCCAUAAAUAGUUCGUAUAGUUCAUAUAUAGAACAUACAGUUCAUAAUGACACUGCUCGUCCACGUCUGGAAAUCCUGUGCUUCCAGCCCUCUCUGACAGAAGGGGUUAAGUUGGAUUCGUUGCUCUGGUGCGUGCAUUCCCUGCAGGGUGAAGAAAGGUUUAAAUUAAAGAAUUUAUUUUAUCUCUACCCCUUUCCCUCUCUCCCAGUCUUUGCAUAGGGGAAUGUCAAACUUUAUGAAAUUAUUGUUUCUGUUUUAAAUUGAAUAUCGAUUUUUUUUACACUGACUUUGUAUUGAGCCCUUUUUGAAAGAGUAACAAAAUAAAAUGCAGGAUCUUUGUAUAAAGCCUUUGCACUUUCAAACUCUUAAUAGCUUGAGUUACCGGUGCAGUGGGAACAAUGUAAAUGACGUUUAAAAAAUUUAAGGUUUCAGAAAGCUGCGUCACACGAUUGAACACAAUGCGUUUUUAUUUCAGUUCUUGGAACCAAGAGGCUGUUCUUUUUAAAAGGGGUAAACAGUGCCCGAGGACUGGUAGAAUAUAUGGUAUGUCCACAUCAGAGGAGACAGGAUUUCGUUUGCCUUAAAUGUUUAUAGAUUUUCUAUGACUUUCAACCUAAGUUAUUAAAAUGUGAACAGUAAAUGUUACAGACUCGAAUAGCUUAAUGAGGAGUGCGUGUCUGAGAUGGCUCCCUUCCCUGGUAAGGUUUUCGCCAGUGGAUAACUUUCAUUCUUAAGUGUGUCCUUUUGAAGAUAAUGACAGUUUUUAAUCGCCCGUGAACUGAAGGUUAAAAUUUAAAAAGUCUGCAUUCUUAGAGUUGGAAGGAAUUUUAAGGUUUUGUAGUUCAUCCAUCCUUCGCGUUAUCAGUUAAGUCAAAACGUGUAAUACUUUCGCUGCAACUUACAAACCCCAGAGAAAAGGCUUGACCAGUUUUUUGCCCAACUGUCAUCUCCCUUUCUCCCCCUCUGUCUUUCCUUUUCAAAUCUACGGCCAGGACAAAGUCCGUACAGCUAAUGGGUAUAUGUAGGUGGCACAGGCACGUGUGCGCACACACGCACACGUGUGUGUGCGUGUGUGUAUGUGUGUGGCAUUGCAGCUUAUUGCUAGAGCUUGGACCUCUUUGCUGGGGAGGUUGUGGCUGUGCUGGUGUGUGUUGGACAGGGCAGAGGUGCUCCCCUCUCCGCCAUCCUUGGUGGUGGACCAGGACUCUCCUUCUUGCGUCUCCUCUUCACUUUUGCGUGCAUGCAUCUAGAUACGGCUGUAGCUCGGUGGCAAGCCGCGAGCUUGUUGGGCCCACAGAAAUGGGUUACCCUGCCCCUCCUCACCCCCGACCCUUGGUGGGGAGAGUGUCCAGUCCCUCAGUGAAACCAACAAAAUCGGGUCCCUGGCUUACUCUUUUCUAUCUGGGCCCUGCUGUGUAAGGCUUCCUAAAUGGAGUCGCUAUUUGUGUGUGAGUAUGUGUUUCUGUACGUGUGAGCAUUUCUCCGAGUGUGGUUACCAGAUGGACAGAUGGACGGCAGGUUUAUGUUCGACAUCCGAACAUCUGUGUUCUCUGUGGCAGAUGGGUGUGUAUCAUCACAUGACUUGCGUGUGUGUUGAUGUGGGUGAGUGUGAGCGUGUGUGUUUCCAUGCAUGCCCUAUAUUUGAGAGACUUCUUAACGGCACUCAUCUUUGGGGAGGGUACUCUAAAGCCAGUUACCUCUCUCUCCCCUCCUUUAUUCCCUUCCCUCAGUUCUACUGGCUUCUCCCCAGGAGUAAGUGGCUUUAGCACAGAAAUGUCUUCUGGAGAGCCUGCUGUCCUGCAGGCAGGUCCAUUAGACUCUUUCUUGCCUCAGGACCUUAUAGCAAGAAACAGAAAGAAAGAUCAAGUUCUGUGAUAAUUACUGCUCCAACUUCAUCACCCCGGAAGCCUUAAUCUGUAUUUCUCAAUAUAAUAAAAAUUGAGCUUCAUAAAAAGUAAGAUUGAUUACUAAAAGUAGCACAGAAAUGUUAACAAUAUUUAAAUAGUCCAGCAGACCCUGCGAUUGUAAAGUGAUGUAAAGUGCUUUAUGGAUCUUGUUACAAAAAAAAUAAAUCACUACUGUGAAUUUACUACUAUGUAACCUUGUGGUCAUAUUCCAUUAUAAAUAAAAUGAGCUGUUCUUAAGCCCAUAGCACAGUUCUUGAAUGGUGGUCAACGUGGUAGUGAAUUGAGGUCGUUUAGACACUACGUCGAAAUCGCUGUAUUGAGUUUAACCAAGAGGAUGCUCAGAAAAUUAUAUUUUGGACCCCUUUUUUGACAAAACAUUUGGUCAAAGAAGGAAGAGAAGGGUACUAACACGUGUUUAUCAGGUAUUGUAUGUUAGGUACUGUUCUAGAAUGUGGAUUCCUUUAGGGUAGUGGUUAUCUCAAUUUUUCAGGUGAGAAAAAGGACGAUCAGAGAGGGAGGGACUUGCCCAAGGUCUCAUGGCCACUAAAUGGGAUUUCAAAUCUAAUGUGUGCUUCCAAUCCCUCAGUCACUGUACCUUGAGGUAUUCUCUGAAUGAUUUGGCAUUUUGGGAUGUGGAGGAGGGACCUGGGGACACUUAACCUUGAAUCAGAGCCUGGAGCGAGGGGUUUGUCAGAGGUGGAAUGGCUUAUGUUUGUUCGCUUUUGCUUUGCACCAGAGGUGUGGACCCAGGAGAAGCUUCUCCACCGUGCUGGCUGAUUUCUUAGGAUUUUCAAUGGAAAGAACUUGAGAAUCCCCCUUCCCCCAGGAAAACCAAUCUUGCCAGUGUUGCACAGACCCAAUGCUGUUGUUCCUGGCACCCUCCCUUUGCUUUUGCCUCUCCCGUCCUCCACCCCCACCCUCCUGGCUUGGGCAGGUGUGGACCUGGGGCAAGUGUGCACGUGGCGGAGGUGUGCAGGGACUGACCUGGCCCCCUCCUUAGCUGAGGAAGCUUCUUCCUGGUGCUUUGUCAACAUUAUCCCCAACCAACCGCUUCCCCUGGUUGGGGUGGGAGAGGAACAGCCCACAGGCCCAGCCUAGGGUCGUUUGGAACUGGAGUCCCAGUGUCCAUCCCUGAGAUCUGUGUUCUCCGCAAGCACUUUGCAUCCCACUGUUUUUCCCCACAUUUGCCCUCAGGAGUUUUAACAGAACAGACAUAAACCAGGACUGAAAACACUAUUUUCCUCUAUUGCAGUGUCUGUAAGUUUGAGUUCGGUUGUGCAUAGACUACCUUUUUCUCCCCUGCUGUUUGCUUUCAGCGGAGGACGGGAAAGGGGAGGUGCUGCUCACUAGGAAUUACGACGGAUUUCCAAAGGGUAGGUGAGAAAUGUACAACUCCUGAAUAGAAUUAGAUUUUAGGACCCUGAGUCCCUCUUACCAGGCCUGUCCCAUUCCUACUUAGAUAACCCAAUUAGUUUUGUUUCACCUGUAAAAUAAAUCUCUUUAAUGGGUUGUUUUAAAGUCUCCCCAGCACAACAGAUUUCUCAUACUUGCAGCAACACAGUGAACGGUUACUUCCAAUAUGGUGCUAAGAAUCUAUAAUUCAUGUCUCUCUCAGCUUGAAAACAUCAGUGUUUUGUCCUUGUCUUAGUGGAAUAAAAACACUCUUAAGCCUUGGGGAAAAAUGUGACAACCCCCCAGGGGUUGAGUGUCUUUGACACCUUUAUUUUGAGUGUCUUUGAUACUUCUUUUGGCACUGAAAUAAUAUUUGGAUAAAUAUAUUUGAAUGUACAGCUGUCUGGUUUUGUAUUCGCUUAUAUUUAUCUGAGCUUUCCCUUAUGACCGUGACCUUUCAUUCUGAAGGAGCUCAUCGUUUAGGAGGUUUUCACCCCGACAAAGCCCUCAGCCUAGGAAAGCUGGUGAGGACCAGAGACUGUUGCUCAGGGAAUUACUGAGGGGACCUGGGCAUCUGAUGUGCAGGUGACAAGUCUAGUUCAAUUCAUGUUGUAGGGAAUUUAGACAGUUACACAUCAUCGCCAUCCCAGGGGCCAGGGGGAAAAAUGUGGCAGUUGCUUUUCACUUGCCAGCACCCCUCAGUUACAGGAAUAUUCUCUUAGUGGUGUUCAUCAUUCUUAAAAAAAAAACAACAACAUAGGAAAAUCCAAACUUUGCUGAUAAUUCCGUGUUUUUAUAAGGGAUUCACCGUAGGCUUUAAAUAGCAAACUCCUCUGGGACCCCUAAAUUAUGACAUGAGUAACCAAAUUUGAUUUCCAAGCAGCUGUUGAUGAGCACAGCUUUUGCAUUGUGUGAGACACCAGCGGAGAUUGGGGCAGGGGAUGCCGGAUGCUGGCUCACUUGGGUGGAGCGUGUAACCUGCCUUGUGGUUGACCCUUCCUCAAAGAUGCUAGAGAGAAGGCCAGAGAAGUCUGGGCCAGCACUUAUUCAAGAAAAGUUUAUUUGAUAAUCACUUUUGUGCUGAAAGAACUUUACAUUCCUGGAUUUAUAAUCCAGCAUCAACCUGGAAAGUUCAGUGACAAAACCAUCUGUCUCUACCUCAUGUAGCCAUAACCAUCAUGCAAAGAUGUGGCCAAGUGUCUUUGGUGGUCUCUCUUGUUAGUUAAUCCUGCACUUCGUAACCAGGAGGGGCAGUUUGUGACUAUCAGCCUCUAGUCACAAUCACUGUCUGUGCAUGACAAGUCUGAGUGUGACUUUCUGCAUAAACUGGGUGGUGGGCUCUAUUGAGUCAUUUCCAACAUAUAAAAAAAAAUGAAUGAAUGAAUUACACUUGCAGCAACUGUCUGCACACGUACAUGUACAUGCAUUCCUAAGUGUCUGCUUGAAACGUCUUCUCCUUGGAACAGUAGUAACAGUGUUAGUGUCUAUGAGGGACAUAGUGUACCUGGCGUCUAAGUUAUUUUGUUCUUUUUUGGGUCCCCCAUCCCAAUUAACUGUAAAACAUUUUACAUGUUGCAAUUUUUUAUGCUGUAAAACCUGGAAAGUAAACUGAAAUCCCAAAUCA